AUGCGGGCGCCGCGAGCGGGUCAAACGUCCCGCGUCGAUGACUCGAGCUUCGGCGCGAUGCGCGUCGUCGUUUUACUCGUCCUCGUCCACGUCCACGUCGCCGAUGCGUUCGGUCCACGGCCUCGGCCGCGAUUGUAUGGAAAGCCGAACGUACCGAGACAUCUUUUAGAGGCCGAGCUCGCCCUUCGCGAGCUCGCUCCGGGCGGUGCCGCCGCGGCGGGUCUUCUCGCGGAUGGCGUGUGGGGCUCGAUCGCGGGCGAGUCCGCGUCGACGACGCCGAGAUUCGAGGAGUACGCGCUUCGAGGCGACAGUCGAGACGCGCGCGAGCGAACGUUUCGUUCGGACGUUUCAAAUUCGGUUUCCGCGCAAGACGAAGAGUACACGGUGGAGAUGAACGGCGAGAUCGACGGCGGGAUAGCCGGGAUCGUUCCCGCGGAUUCGCUGGAUUCGAUGAGGGCGUCGAGGACGGGGCAAUCACGCGCCGGCGUCUCCGACGCGGUUGAACUGCGCGCUUUAUCCACUAGAGAGAACGCGUUAGCGGCGCUCGAGCGAGAGCGUGAAGCGCUAUCACCGAGCGAAGAGAUGUUUGCGAUGUUAAGGCGCGAAGGAGAGCACUUUGUCAACCCGCGGACAGGUAAACCGUUCGUAUGGGGCGACACGUGGAUGCACUCGCGCGGAGGUGGCGUUGGAACUGGUCGUCCGGAGUCGCGACCGAGACGGAUCACGAAAGACGGAGUCGUGGAGGUGAUGCCGGCAAAAAAUGACGAUGGAUACAAGUUGGUUCCGGUUAGCUCGGACAAGCGCGGUUUAGUAGAGUUCUACGAGAAAUGCAAUGGGCCCAGAUGGAGUAACACUCGCAACUGGGGCGUUGGCGAGCCGUGCGCGAACGCUUGGCACGGCGUGUUGUGCGUCGGUGGGCGCGUCACAGAGUUAAUACUCAAUUUGAACAACGUCGCGUGCAUGGGGUCGCUUGAUUUCGCGGCGCUCGCAGAUCAUGUGCGUGAGCUUCGCUACAUUGACUUGAGCGAUAACCUUUUCUCGGGUAGCUUACCAAAGGAUUUAUUCAGAAUGACUCAGCUACAGUCGCUGGUACUUUCCGGUAAUCGCAUCACAGGCACACUCUCGGAGGACUUCGCAAACUUGCAGGAGUUGAGGCAUCUAGAUUUAUCCGCCAACGCGAUGCACGGGCCACUCCCUAAUUCGCUCGGCACGCUUGGUAAACUUGAAGUGCUCUACUUGGGAGAAUCUGGAUUAGAGAACAAGAAUGACUUCGUCGGCCCGAUUCCGGAAUCCUGGCGCGGGUUGAAGUCUCUCAAGUACUUCUCUCUCGCCGGAAACGCGAAUGUCGGCGGAACGCUUGCAGAUUGGUUGCUCAAUAGUCUUGAAUCUCUGCACGAGCUGACGCUGUCGCGCUGCGGACUGACGGGUGAAAUUCCGCGGAACAUUAAUCAGUUGAAUUCACUUCGCCUGUUGGACUUGAGUGGGAACAUGCUUCGUGGACACGUCCCGUUUGAUUCCUUCACGCGCCACCUGAAGGAUCUGCGGCUCGCCAAUAACGAGCUCGAGGGAACGCUAACCUCGGCUAUAGGAAAUCUGCGAGAAAUCGAAAGACUUGAUGUGAGCUCGAAUAAUUUAAGUGGAGAGCUUCCCGUCGAACUGUUCGGAGGCUUGGGUGCGCUGGAAAUUUUGGAUGUGAGUAAUAAUCGAUUCACUGGAACGCUCCAGGCAUCUACGUCGCCGGAUGCGUCUGAAUUACGCAUCAUAAACGCCGAGAACAAUCGUCUAAGCGGUGCGCUCUUGUGUGCAGAUUUCUUUCGACACGCUCCGCACUUGCGUUUCUUGAAGCUAUCGAACAACGAGAUAUCGGGAUCGUUCGCCGACGAUACUUUCGAGGCGGCUGGAGAGCUCGUUGAGUUACACCUGUCUAGAAACAAUUUUGCCGGGCCGCUGCCGCGGUCGUUGGGUAGCAUGAAGAAGUUGAAGUCCCUUCGAUUGAACGACAACCCACGUCUGGGUACUCACGGCAUCGCUGAAUCGCUCUCCGAGUGCAUCGACCUUAGAAUCCUGGACGUGUCGCGCUCGGGGUUUGAGGGUAUGAUACCCGAAACGUUAUUCGAGCGAAUGUCGCGCUUAGUGCACGUCAACUUGAGCGGAAACUUGUUCACAGGAGAGCUUCCGCCCUCGUUAGCGGCGCCGAAGUUUCUGCGAAAACUCGAACUUCAGGACAAUGGGUUUUAUGGCGAGAUCCCAGAGUGGCUUAUACGUCGCGAUCACCUCGAACUCGUGGAUUUUACCAGAAAUUCUUUCACCGGCGCGCUUCCGAGCGCGUUUUACAGCGCGUCGACACAGUCCAUUCCGACGCUGCCUGGGUAUGGAAAUCGUCCUGCGGGGGUGCCACGGAGGUUUAAAUUCGGACGGAAUCCAUUCUUUUGUCCUCUUCCGAAUUGGGCGCGAGUCCUAACGGCGGCAACGUGUCGCGAGGCGACGAUCGUAUCCAUCGAGCCGACUACGUCGAAGGGUGGCGACGUACUCACCAUCGUCGGGAGCGGCUUUCAUCGCGCUCAAAUCAAUGUUGGCUGCAUGUUCGGUAAUGAAGUCGAGCGCGUUUUUGUGCGCUCAAUGAGAAGUAACGAUACGCAUGUAUCGUGUGUUGUGCCGUCUUUACAUUCGCUCCCUGGGGGGGCGCGACGAAAAAAUAAUGCCGCAGGUCUUGCCGUGUCUGUCCGAGUUGGGAUUGAGAGUGCGGCGAUGACGCUGGGUGAGUUGUUCAUAUACGAGGGAGUUAGUUAG